AAACACAAAAGAAGAAGAAGAUCAUGUGACGUUUUGCCAACCGGCAAUAAGCGCAAAGAAGAGGAUAUCUGCGAAAUUAAUGCAUGUCUAUAUGGAGCUGAACGUGUUGCUGGCAGUCAGAGAUAGCAUUGAUUACGAACAUAGUAACGUGUCUUUUUAGUGUGUGAUGCAGCCAAGUAAAAUUACCGUGAAUUUGGAAGUGAAGCAAGUGAUUGGGACUCUGUGUAAACUGCUCUCGGCCGUGGGAUUGUACCAUGUACCCGCACCAGAGGCAUUUAGACGGGCAAAAUUUGGUUUUGGAGUCGAAAUGGAAUCUCAGUUUUGGCGGCUGAUAGCCGACAUUCUUCACAGUUCUGGCACUGUACACUCUCAAAUAGUUGCACAGCCCAAAGAAGAGUACAAGAAGCUGGUGGCUGCUGGCCUUUGGCAGACUGGUUAUUAUGCAGACUGGAUAUAUGAGAUGGAGGAAGAAGGACAAGAUGAAAAAAGUUUCUCCAGCCAAGAUCUCCUCUUGGCAGUAGGCUGGCUGCUCUCUAUUGGAACAAUAGAAAAGCUGCUGAUGCAAAGAGUACAACAACUAGACAAAACAUUACUCAGAUCUAUACCUGUCAGCUCUCAGGUUUCUCAAGAGCUGUGGCUUGAUUUGGUCUUGCUACGCAGACUUCAGUGGCUUGUUGGCAAUCUGAGACAUGAGGGACGAAUCCUGCUGUGCAUGUUAGAAGAAAAAAAUAGGUUGCUUCAUGCUUUUUUUUCUGCCAGCGUCUCCUCCAAAGUGCCAUACCUGUCUGACCAAAACUCCACAGCCCUAAAGAAUGACUAUGUUUGUACAGAGCAGCUCUGUGACCUCCUGGAAGCAUAUGUUAAUUGGAAACAGGUGGAGAAAGUCUUCUGGAGUUGGAUGGACAGUGUCAUUGGCUGCCAUUUGUCAGAACCUAAGAGAUGUACAAGUGUACCUGAUAUGGUUUCCAGUAGAAAUCAGGGCCUAGAGGAACUGGAGAACAUGCUAAUAAAACUGCCCAUUGCACAGAAAGGACAGAGGAGAGGCAGAGGUGAUUCUGAGGAAAGAGGAAGGACGAAUUUGCAGGAAGGUUUGGACACGUCCCCCUGUCUUCCUAUUUCUCUUCCACUUCUACCCUCCUUCUCCCACUCCUACAGAGCCAGACUUCAGGCUGAGAAGCCAGUCAGACUCAACCGCUACCCAUCAGAGGAACUCCACAACUGGGCCAAGACUACAGAGGAUUUCCAACCUUCUAAGACUGCAUGGGUACUUCUUGAGACAGAGGCUCAGCUGCUGCAAAGGAGGGACCAGCAGAGACAGGCCAACAGGAUGAUGCUACAACAUACUAUUAGCCUCUUUGAUGCUCAAAAUUCACAAUAAUAAGUAACCUGUAAGAUGUCUGUAUUUCAAAAUGUUUGUACUUUCACUGGCUACUUUAUUAAGUACACUUGCAGUCUAAUUUAGUCCAAUACAGAAACUUUGACAUUAAGUCUUUUUUUUACUAUUAUUAUGUGUAUCUUUAAACAAACAACAACAUUUUCAGUUGAUUAUUUAACUAUAGAAUAGAACAUCAAUAAACUUACAGUUGGAACAGGACUGACAAAACACCACAACAAAGAAUAGAAAAUCCUGGGUCUAGGCUUCAUACUACAUACUGACUAGAGGGUUGUUGAAUCUGUAUAUUUCUGCUAGUGUUAAGUUUAGGGAGUGAUUCUCUAGUAAAAUUAUUUUAAAAUGUAAAUCAUCAUGAAGAAUUAACCACCAGUAGUUUCUGCAUGUAGGAGUUGAGCCACUUCUGUCUUUCCAUGGAGGUGAGGAGCUUACUUUUCUCUCUGAAGGCUGCAUCAUCAGCUACCACCAUGUUUCUUUUCGCCAUCCCAGGUCCCAGUGACAACCAUUCAGCAGGCCAGGCCCUUUCCAUGCCACAAACAUACAAACCAAAACCUUGGGAUUAUUGACAGGGACAAUCCAGGUACUGUUCAACAUUACUACAGUAUAGGUUCAGGUAGGAACUUAGUAAGUGUAAUCAAGAAGAGUGAUUGUACUGUAUUCAGAAGAUGCCUCCAAAGUCACUGCAAAAUAAAAACUGUUCUGAAACUUAAAAUAGUAUUGUUUAUAUAAACUUACAUACUACACAAUAUGUAUAUAAGUUAAAACAUCCCUAGCUAUUUGUAAUUAGUCUAGUAAUUAAAAUCUCUGAGUAGUG